AUGGCAACCGAGCUCAAAGUUCUCAACCUCAGGAAUUGUCGAUCUUUGAGAAGAAUUCCCGACUUGUCUACUUUCGAAAGCUUGGAGAUUUUAAUUCUUGCAUACUGUUCGAAUCUGGAAGAGAUUCAUCCUUCUAUUGGGGACAUCAAGACCCUUGUUUCCUUGGAUGCCUCUUAUUGUACAAUACUCAAAGCGCUACCGGCAGGAAUAGAAAUUGAAGAAUUACCUGAAUCCAUUGGUUCCAUGAAAGAGCUCAAGACUUUAAAUGCCAAAGGAUGUAGACUGUUAGCCCGCAUACCCAGCUCCAUAGGCGAGCUAGCAUCUCUACAAAGCUUGUCCUUACGUCGCUGCUCCUCAUUGACAGAGAUCCCAGACUCGAUUGGAAAAUUGGCAUCAUUGACUGAACUGAACUUAGGAUACACAUCAAUUACGAAAUUACCUAAAAGCAUUGGGAAUAUGCCAAAUUUGAGGAUCUUGAAAAUUAUUGGAACUCACGUAACGGAAUUGCCUGAUGCCAUCGGGAAGUUGGCAAAACUCCAAAGGUUGGGAGCUAGAGAAUGCCGAAAACUAGAACGACUACCUAGUAAUAUAUGCGAAUUGGUUUCGCUAGAGGAGCUUUCUUUAGACUUUUCAGGCAUUUCAAACAUGCCAGAAAGCAUUUCUAAGCUCUCUUCUCUCAAAAAGCUCAGUGUUGCAUGUUGUGAAAAGCUUCGAGAAAUACCAGAACUGCCCUCUGGCUUAAAAGAUCUAGCUAUCACCUGUCAGAGGCCGCCGUUGCCCAAUCUUUCCCAGCUAUCCCGUCUCAAGAUACUCACUCUUUGUAAUUGCCCUUGGCUUGAACGUGUCCCAGAGCUUCCUGUUGGACUAUUGCAGCUAAAUAUUACAGAUUGUGGAAAAUUGAAAGCGUUCACGAAUGUGUCAAACUUGAAGCACUUACCAUAUUUGGAACUCCACAAUUGCUUUGAUCUCGCAGAAGUCACCGGCUUGGAAGGUUCACAUUGCCUAUCCAACUUACCCGCAGGGCAAUGCCCUAAGAUAUCUCAGGUUGAUGGGAUUGAAGAUUCUUCGACGUUGAUGAGCCCAAAGGCAUCUCAACUCGAUGGAUCGCUAGAUCUUUCCGAUUCAAAGAUUCUGCAGAGAAUGGACGCCGGAGCAAGUUGCGCGAAUUCAGUUGAAAUCCAAGACCUUGAUGGAUCAAAAUCCUCUCAAGUGUCGGAUAUCCUUAAGUGCACGUCCGCCGGACAAUUGCAAGACUUUUCCAGUUUUAAAUACCUGAGUAGCCUUUCUGUUUAUGGUUGCAAUAGUGUAACUGAAAUUCAAGGCCCCGAUGGAUCAGAAUCCUUGACAUAUUUGAUGCUUGUGCUGUUUGCAAGUUUUCAAUUGGCUGGGAUCCUCUUCAUAGAGAUACCCGCUGUGAUAGCAAUGGUGCAGCAGGCUAUGCAAUAUGUUGACCAGACAACUAAUCUUGAGACCAAGAUAGAGCUUAUGAAGACACUUAACUCUGUCGGCGUUGGUUCAUUUGUGCUUAGAUCGCCAGGAUUAUGUCUGUUCACAUAUCCUUUCCAGGAAGAUCAGGUCCCUGAGUGUUUGAUGCAGAUCCUUCCAAAGAGAAGAAAAGGCCUAAAGAAGGAAGCUGAGACGCAUCUCUCCUUAAUGGUUGUUUCCAAAUCCCUGAUGGCUAAGAUAGACCGACCAAUGGGAAUUGUCAGUUUCCAAAUGACAAAGGACAGCAAUGAGAUUUUGAACUCAGGGGCGACAAAUUUGGGAAAGCUGCUUGACCUUGUCGAGAAAAGUUGCCACCAAAUCCCCAAGGAAACCGUGGUUCAUAAGGAUGCUUUGAGGGCUCGAAGAUGUUUAGUUGAAUGA